UUGGAGUCGCUUCGACGUCACCCACGGCCUCCAUAUGCAGCCCCUACAGCCCAAGCGAAAGAGAAAGAACUGCACUGGCCCUGCUGUUGUUGUGAACUCCCAACGACUGCCCAAUGAGGUGGACUCAGUGGAUUGUCAGUUGUCCUCGUGUGCUGAGAAUUCAUCCGAUCAGUAUAAGCUGCACCAUUGGUUGCCUACCUGGAUGAAGAGAAUGCUGUGGGCCAGUCCAGGCGGACCUGGCGAGGCUGAUGGUCGUGAAGAGCGCUCAGAGGGCGAAGAUUCUGAUGAUACCGCUCCUUCAGCCAAACGGAAGCGGACUGGAAAUCGUCCUCGUCGCAAACCCCGUGGUGCUGUGGCGCAUGUCGCCGACCUGAUCACCUCAUCGCCUGCUCGUCCAGCAACAGCCAGAUCGCAGCUUACAACAGCAGCAGAGCCAAGUAUUGCAAUAGCGGCCACCUCGGCUGUUGCCACCUCGGCUGUUGCCACGACAGCGCCAGUUGACGAUGAUGAUGAUGAUGUCGAGUCGAGUUGUCCGUCCGGAGCAGCACCCGAGGACAAGGGAAUUCUCAGCACAAUCUUUUCCCCGGUGCUGUCCAUGUUCGGGCCUGCCAUCGACGGGCCGGAUAAACUGCGCAAUGGUGUCGCCUGCACGGAGGCUGUCACAACAGCCACGGAAGAAGUCACCACAGACCCUCAGAUCGCGUCGGCAGUGUCCUAUGACGUGGAGGAAACGGAUAGUGGCAUAGCGGAGGACGAUGAAGGAGAUGAGGAGGAAAUGCCAAUGCAGAUGGGGAUCGACCCGUACUACUUCAUCAAGUAUGCACCUCCUAUUCCUGAGGAUUUUCUGUACCGUCAGCCAGCACUGCCACUAAAGACACGCAGCUGCAAGUAUGAGUAUUCGCUAGUGUUAGACUUGGAUGAAACGUUAGUUCAUUGCACUGUGGACGAGUUGCAGGACGCGUCCUUUUCGUUUCCCGUUCUUGUCGCGGACACGCUACACAAGGUUUAUGUCAGAACGCGUCCGUUCUUUAGAGAAUUCCUCGAGCACGUCUCACAGUACUAUGAAGUGAUCUUAUUUACUGCAUCUAGAAGGGUAUACGCUGACAAAUUGCUAAAUGUGAUAGACCCAUAUCGUCAACUCGUUAGACAUCGCCUCUUCCGUGAGCACUGCAUACAGGUCCAAGGUAACUACAUCAAGGACCUGAGUAUUCUCGGACGUGACUUGAGCAAGAGCCUCAUCAUUGACAACUCUCCGCAUGCCUUCGCCUACAAUUUGACCAAUGGCAUUCCCAUCACUAGUUGGUUCGAUGAUGAAGAUGACCGGGAGCUGCUUGAUCUUCUUCCGUUCCUUGAUGACAUCGUCCGCAAUAAGUACCCGGACGUUCGCCCUAUCGUAGAGAAUCAUUUCAAGCUUCACCUCCGACUCCCACCGGACUGAUUGUUCGCCUCCUUACCAGUAAUUGUCCUAGACUCGAACGAAUUCCUUCGGCACAUGCCACUUUCUCCCAUGUCGUAAGGUGCAAGCCACGAUGGUCUCACUGCGCUUGGGAGAAGCAAGCGAAAAAGCAUUUCAAAGUUGUAAUCAUUCUUCCAUGAAACAUUUGACUCCUCAACAACGUAUCCUGACCGCCGACCGGACCAAGUUACCCGUUGAAGAUGCCCCGUGUGUGUGUGUGUGCGUGUGUGACUCUUCUCUUCCCUGCAUGCUUAUUUCAUGUAUUAUUUGCGUGCGUGCGUGUCUGUUCUUGAUGCAACCGAAGCUUGCACUGGACCUCCUCUCCUUUCUUUCUUCAUUUUUUUACUUUGUUCUUUUAUCCUUGCCAUGUGCUUGCUACUCUCCUGCCCCUCGUGUAUAUCUCAUUGAUAGUGAUGAUAGUUAGCUAGUGUGUUACAGCACCGUCCACUGCCUCGCUACUAUCAGCACUCUGCCCCCCGUCCCCGGGCUGCUAUCAUAGCCCCGAGCGCCCGUGCCGUAUUGCACGGAGUUGUCACCACCGUCUUGCCCCAUGCGUGCGCGGCGCCUCGCGUUCGCACGCUGCUUUUGCACCGCCAUGCUGAUCGUGCGGCAGUGCUGUCUUCGUUUCCCUUGACCCAUGUCCUUCUCUCUAGGACUGUGCUGCGAUGCAGGCAUCGCAUUGCUUCCCCCUUGCACUACUAUUUCCUUUCCUCGUAGUCUUGCACUUAGUGUAGUCAUUACUAGUUAGUUUGUGCAUGUAUAGUCAGACCAAGUACAUUGAAGCAUUUCAUGUUGUUAGUUUUCUGUUCUUUUCCAAAUUUAAAUUCUCUUCUCCUCGGUGUGUGGAAUCGUUUGCCGACUCCCCACUGUAUUAGUGAGCACAACUUUAUCAUCCUUCUACCGUUUUUUCUCCUUAGUCCUGGUUAACAUUUUCUCUUGGUCUGCGUGUGUAGCCAUGGUUCUGUGAAUUUUUCAAACUAAGCCAA